AUGGGUUCCUACGACGGCGAGAACGAGCCGAAAGCCGCCGCCGCCGCCGCCGGCGGCGGCGGCGGCGGAAGCCACGUGCUCCUCCUGCCGUACCCGAGCCAGGGCCACGUCCACCCGAUGCUCCAGUUCGGCAAGCGCCUGGCGUACCACGGCCUGCGGCCCACGCUGGCCGUCACCCGCUUCAUCCUCACCACCUGCGCGCCCGACGCCGCCGCGCUGCAGGGCCUGGGCGGCGCCGGCGCGGUCGGCCUCGCGGCGGUCUCGGACGGCUUCGACCGCGGCGGCUUCGGCGAGUGCGGAGACGUGAAUGCGUACCUGUCCCAGCUCGAGGCGGCCGGGUCGGAGACGCUGGGCGAGCUCCUCCGGGACGAGGCCGCGCGGGGCCGGCCCGUCCGGGCCGUGGUCUACGACGCGUUCCUGCCGUGGGCGCAGGGCGUGGCGCGGCGGCACGGCGCCAGCGCCGCGGCCUUCUUCACGCAGCCGUGCGCCGUCAACGUGGCGUACGGCCACGUGUGGUCCCGCCGGCUGCGCAUGCCGGUGGAUGGUGGGGCGGUCCUCCGGCUCCCUGGUCUGCCGGCGCUCGAGCCGGAUGACCUGCCGUGGUUCCUCAAGGUCGGGACAGGCCCGUACCCGGCCUACUUCCAGCUGGUCAUCCGCCAGUUCCAGGGGCUGGAGCAAGCCGACGACGUGCUUGUCAACUCGUUCUACGAGCUUGAGCCCGAGGAGGCGGAGUACAUGGCGUCGGCGUGGCGCGCCAAGACGAUCGGGCCGACGGUGCCGGCGUCCUACAUCGGCGACGACCGCCUCCCGACGGACACCAAGUACGGGCUGCACCUCUACGAGCUGACCGCCGCGCCGUGCAUCGCCUGGCUGGACACGCACCCGCCGCGCUCCGUGGUGUACGCCUCCUUCGGCAGCCUGUCCGACCUCGACCCGCUAGAGAUGCGGGAGAUCGCUCACGGCCUCCUCGACGCCGGCCGGCCGUUCCUCUGGGUCGUCCGCGCGUCCGAGACCCACAAGCUGCCCGCGGGCUUCCCCGAGCAGCAGCGCGGGCUGGUGGUGUCGUGGUGCCCGCAGCUGGAGGUGCUGGCGCACCGCGCCGUGGGGUGCUUCCUGACCCACUGCGGCUGGAACUCCACCGUGGAGGCGCUGGUGGCGGGCGUGCCCAUGGUGGCCGUGCCGCAGUGGACGGACCAGCCCAUGAACGCCUGGUACGUGGAGGCCGUGUGGCGGGUGGGCGUGCGGGCGCGCGCGGCCACGCCCGACGGCCUCGUGCGGAGGGGCGAGGUGGUCAGGGGCAUCGAGGAGGUGAUGGACGGCGAGAGGAGUGCCGAGUACAGGAGCAACGCCGACGUGUGGAUGGAGAAGGCCAGGGCGGCGAGCAGGGAAGGCGGCAGCUCCGACAGGAACAUCGCCGAGUUCGUGGCCAAGUACGCCUCGGACGCCAAGUGA